AUGCAAGAAAAGUCAUAUACAAUUAUUCAACUUCCUGUUCAUUUACCAGAAGAACAAAAUGUAUACUUUAUUGCUGAUAAAGAACAAACUGCUUUAAAUCAAGCAAGAUCAGAAUAUACCAUGUUAACCAUUUGGUUCAAACUUAAUGAAAAAGAUGAUCAAUCAAGAGAAAUACUUUAUCAUGAUAUUUCUCUUUAUUAUAGAUUUAAUAAGCAAUCUAAAUCAUGGCGACGACAAAUUCAAAAUACCAAUAAUGUUAUUGGACAAAUGUAUAGUGUUAGUCUAAAUAACUUAGAAUGCUAUUGUCUUCAUCUUUUGCUUUUACAUAUUUCUGGUGCACAAAGUUUUAAAGAUCUCAGAACUAUAGAUAAUACACUUUACAGUUCAUUCUAUGAAGCUGCUUGCAAACAUGAGUUGUUAGAUGAUAAUAAUAAGUAG